AAGCGCGAAUCGCACAUCACACCGAUUUUCCCGCCCACACGCAGAAUAAUUGCGUCAUUUCUGACCGGUUUUCCUCGCUAGCGGUUUCUUCGCGUGUCUCCCGCCAUCAACUCCUCUGCUAAACCAAUGUGGUGUUUUCUGGCACAGAUCUUGGAAGAGUGUUAAUUGACGGUCGUAAUCUGCUCAUCAUGGAUGACUGGGAGGAAGAUCAGGGCCCUGUUGUAUCCUGCAAUUCAGGUUUUGGUCUGAGCUCCAGUGGUGCAAGUGGAGGAUUCAAGAGCUUCUAUUCAGGAAGUACAGGAAAUGGGAAGGCAAACAAUGAAGAUGUUGACGGCAGCUCAUGGAAGACUGCUGGUGAUGGAUUCAGGGGCAGAGAAAUUGAUGAAAAUUCCAGUGCUGAGGGUUGGAAGGAUGGUGAAGGUCAGGGAAGAGGGCGAGGUGGUUUCCGUGGGGGUUUUCGCAGUGGUUCCCGUGGUGGUUUUCGUGAUGGUGGUAAUGAAGAGACUGGGAGAAGAGAAAUUGAUGAAAAUGGCACAGAUGAGGGUUGGAAAGGAGGCGAAGGCCGAGGAAGAGGUCGCGGCGGUUUCCGGGGUGGUUUCCGUGAUGGUGGUGGUGAUGAAGAGACAGGAAAAAGAGGCUUUGGAAGAGGAGGUUUCAGAGGCCGGAAUGAGGAAGUGUUUUCCAAGGUCUCAACAGCAGACAAGGAAAAUCAAGAAGCAAGUGAAAAUACAGGACCCAAGGUUGUCUAUGUGCCGCCUCCCCCUCCAGAAGAGGAGAGUUCCAUAUUUUCCCAUUAUGCCACAGGCAUUAAUUUUGACAAAUAUGAUGACAUCCUUGUGGAUGUGAGUGGCAGCAAUCCUCCAAAGGCUAUUAUGACUUUUGAUGAAGCAGGACUUUGUGAUUCACUGAGAAAGAAUGUAACGAAGUCUGGAUAUGUGAAGCCUACUCCGGUCCAGAAACAUGGAAUCCCCAUUAUUUCUGCUGGACGAGAUCUGAUGGCUUGUGCCCAGACAGGAUCAGGAAAAACUGCGGCCUUCCUGCUGCCCAUCCUACAGCGGCUGAUGGCUGAUGGAGUGGCAGCCAGCAAGUUCAGCGAGGUGCAGGAGCCCGAGGCCAUAAUCGUGGCCCCCACCAGAGAGCUCAUCAAUCAGAUCUAUCUGGAGGCCAGGAAGUUUGCAUAUGGGACCUGUGUGCGUCCUGUGGUGGUUUAUGGUGGUAUAAAUACUGGAUACACUAUUCGAGAGGUGUUAAAGGGCUGCAAUAUUUUGUGUGGGACCCCGGGAAGAUUGCUUGACAUCAUUGGUCGUGGAAAGGUUGGCCUGAGUAAGCUUCGGUAUUUGGUUCUGGAUGAAGCAGACCGAAUGCUGGACAUGGGCUUUGAGCCGGAUAUGAGAAAGCUGGUGGGAUCUCCAGGAAUGCCUUCUAAAGAGGAUCGACAAACCCUCAUGUUCAGUGCCACCUACCCUGAAGAUAUUCAAAGGAUGGCAGCAGAUUUUUUGAAAGUGGACUACAUUUUCCUUGCUGUUGGUGUGGUUGGUGGAGCAUGCAGUGAUGUGGAGCAAACUAUCAUUCAGGUGGACCAAUACUCCAAGAGAGACCAGCUGCUUGAACUGCUCAGAUCUACAGGGAAUGAACGCACAAUGGUCUUUGUUGAAACCAAAAGAAGUGCUGAUUUCAUAGCAACAUUUCUCUGUCAGGAGAAGAUCUCUACUACAAGCAUCCAUGGUGAUCGGGAACAGCGAGAGCGAGAGAAGGCUCUCAGUGAUUUUCGCACAGGCCAGUGUCCGGUGCUGGUGGCCACGUCUGUCGCUGCCAGAGGUCUGGACAUUGAGCAGGUCCAGCAUGUUGUGAAUUUCGACCUGCCCAGCAGCAUCGAUGAAUACGUCCAUCGCAUCGGAAGAACUGGACGCUGCGGGAACAUCGGUCGGGCCGUGUCCUUUUUUAUCCCAGAGUCUGACACUCCAUUAGCUCGCUCUCUGGUCAAAGUUCUGUCAGGGGCCCAACAGGAGGUUCCCAAAUGGCUGGAGGAAAUUGCUUUCAGUGCUCAUGGGACAACAGGCUUCAACCCUCGUGGAAAAGUGUUUGCGUCUACAGACACUCGGAAGGGGGGAUCCUUCAAGACGGAUGAGCCAGCACAAGCAUCUGCCCCAAGCCCAGCAGUGGCUGCAGAUGACGAGGAAUGGGAAUAACCACUUAAACCUCAUGUUCUAUUAUGUAGAUUUAUUUUUAUAUUUGUUUAUUCAUUUCUCCACAUUGUUAAAAUGUUGAAUGAUGAAGGUAGCAUUGCGGUAAAGCAAAAAAAAAAAGUCACAUUCUGAAAACUGUAGGUUGAUCUGUAGGACAGAGUAUUAAUCAAGACAUACCUUUUAGCAGUUUGGUUUGAAUUAAUGACCUGAUUUUUGUCUCACUUGUUUUGAUUUACAGGCACGUCUGGAUUAGUGGAUUUGUUUUGCGUUAUCACAUUAACACUUUGCUAAGAGCGUAUUGAGCUUUGUGAGCCUUUAUCUGAAGGUCUUUCCUACAGUUGUACCGUAUCAGUCAGUUCUGUUGUUAAAUGUGACAGUUUGCAGGUUGUUUUUCUUGACAUUUUUGUCUUAAAGCCAAAGUAUACAAUUAAAGAAGCUUGUUUUGCUAAUGUAUCUUGCCAGCUGAAGGUAAAUAAAGUGAUUGUUUACCAGUCAACUUAGUAUUAAAAAUUUAUUCUUGCUAAAAUUUCACAUUCAAUAUUUCUUGUGACUCGGCUGUAUCAUGGAUCAGUGCUUCUCCACUCAGGGAAAUGUCUAAAAAUAAAGAUGGAAACUGACAUUUAAUUUGUUUUCUCAAACAAUGCAAGUUUGAUUUAAAAGUGUUGAUUUCUAGACCUUAAAUGUGAUCAUU